CCAAAAUAUGUACAUUUGCUUAAAUGUGCAUAUGUUUUGACUAAUAAUAAGUUGUAUUCUACAGCAAAACAGUAUGAUCUAUAAGUUAAUGUAUUUAUUUUUGAAAAACCGUGAUAAGAGCAAAAAAACGUAAAUUCAUCACCCAAAGUAUAAUCAUAAUCUUCCUUUUAUCUUUUUCAAUGGAGAGAUCAGAUCUUGCAGUGGUCAGAUAGGUGGUCAUUUCUUUAGUUAGUGCUUCAAGCAGAUCAUUUCAAUAAUUUACUGUUUGAAAGGUUUGUGAAAUUGUUUCAUUCGAAAAGUUGCCAUAAACAGUGCUUUUGUAACUUUUGAGUUGUAGGUACGAUUUAUAAACUCUAGAGGGCGGUGCAGCGCUUUCUCAUUGCACUUUUCCAUUCCAUGCUUUCAUGUUCUCCAUGCACCAGCGCUUGCAACUGUACAACUAUACUGUAUACAUUGUAAAAGCUAUUCAUUUCUGUUGCGACCUUGUCUUAUUUCUUCCCUUUAUGUUUACGCCUUGCUGCAGCCCAGGGAAGUUGACGACCUCAACACCACAGUGCACACACUCAGACACACCCAAACACAACUUUAUGACUUGGCUGGCAGGCUUGACAGUGAUCUCGCUGCACAUGUGUGAAGGAGCGUCUUCAGUUUCUCCCUCUGCGUCUGCACACACACACACACACACACACACACGAGUUUGAAAGGUUAUUUUGGGUCCUGUGUAGACCACUGUCACCCUGUGCACCCUGCAGGGAAAAUAAUAGGAGGAGUCAAGCAAGCUUUCACCCGGCAGUUCCGUCUCUGUGAUACUAUCCCUGCAAACAACAGCUUUCCUCUGCGUUACCUGCUUCUUCAUUAGGUCAAAUUCCCCCAAAAAUAUAAAAGAUGGACAGUCCUUUGCGGGUUUUGACUGUCCCUACAUCCCCUUACCCUGAUCAGAGACCCGGUACCAACGGCCUGAGGAGAAAAGUCCAUGUCUUCCAGUCCAGGAGGAACUAUCUGCACAACUUUAUCCAGAGUAUCUUCUCCUCCAUUGACCUCCGUGACCGCCAGGGAUCCACAGUGGUGGUUGGGGGAGAUGGACGCUUCUUUAACCAAACAGCUAUUGAGGUCGUUGUGCAGAUGGCAGCUGCCAAUGGGGUCAGUGAUCCCGUGUGUGUUAAUUUACUUAAUUUGUGUGUGCAUGUCAAACUCAUGCGAACUCAUACACACACACACACGUACCUAUGUCCUCAGGUGGGCCGUCUCAUCGUUGGACACCAUGGGUUGAUGUCCACGCCGGCCAGCUCCUGUGUGAUCAGGAAAUCCAAAGCAAUUGGUGGCAUCAUUCUCACUGCCAGUCGUCACCCUGCAGGGCCUGAUGGAGACUUUGGCAUGAAGUUUAACUCUGCAAAUGGAGGACCAGCCAACGAUGCUGUCACAAACAAGAUCUACCAGAUCAGCAGAACCAUCGAAGAAUUUGCCAUCUGCCCAGGACUCAGACUGGAUCUAACAACUCUGGGUAAACAGACAUUUGAUCUGGAGAACAAGUUCAAACCUUUCACAGUGGAAAUUGUGGACUCUGUUGAGUCCUAUGCCAACCUGAUGAGGAACAUCUUUGACUUUGCUGCCCUUAAAGAGCUAUUGUCAGGCGAGAAUCACAUUAAGAUAAGACUGGAUGCCAUGCAUGGAGUACUAGGCCCUUAUGUGAAGAGAAUAAUGUGUGAGGAGCUGGGCUGUCCUUCCAAUUCUGCCAUUAACUGCGUCCCAAUGGAGGACUUUGGAGGUCAACACCCCGAUCCGAACCUCAUCUACGCUACAGAUCUGGUUGACAGCAUGAGGGAUGCAGAGUAUGACUUUGGUGCAGCUUUUGAUGGAGAUGGGGAUCGUAACAUGAUCCUCGGGAAGCAUGGUGUCUUGGUCACCCCGUCUGACUCUGUGGCCGUGAUUGCUGACAACAUCUUCUGCAUCCCGUACUUUCAGCACAGCGGGGUGAGGGGCUUCGCUCGCAGCAUGCCCACAAGUGCAGCCUUAGACAGAGUAGCCAAGGCAACCAAAAUAGAGCUAUAUGAAACUCCCACUGGGUGGAAGUUCUUUGGAAACCUAAUGGAUGCGGGUCGGCUCUCUUUGUGUGGAGAGGAAAGCUUUGGAACAAGUGCAGACCAUCUUCGUGAGAAGGAUGGGCUUUGGGCUGUGCUGGCAUGGCUGUCCAUCAUGGCCACCAGGAGGCAAAGCGUGGAGGAUAUACUUAAGGACCACUGGAUCAAAUAUGGGAGAAACUAUUUCACCAGAUAUGACUAUGCGAACAUAGACAUUGAUACAGCCUGUGAAAUGAUGGAGGAUCUGGAGCUCCUGAUUGCAGACAAGUCCUUUGUGAAGCAGCGAUUUGCAGUGGAAGACAAAAUUUACCAAGUGGAAAAAGCAGACAAUUUUGAAUACACAGACCCAGUUGACAGCACUAUCUCCCGGAACCAGGGUCUGCGGAUUAUUUUCUCUGAUGGUUCUCGAAUCAUCUACAGACUGAGCGGAACAUGUAGUGAUGGGGCUACAGUUCGGAUCUACCUUGACAGCUACGAGAAAGAACACAUUUUUCAAGAUGCACAGGUGGUGCUGGCACCGUUGGCGACAAUUGCAGUCAAGAUUUCCCAACUCCAUCACAGGACCGGUCGAAACGGCCCAUCUGUUAUCACAUGACCUAACCCGUCAGCUCCCCCACAAUAUUGUAAAAUGCAAUUUCAUAUCCGGAUGUGGCAACAAACAAGCAGU